CAAUGCCUGACCGCUGCCUUACAGUAACUGGUGGGCCCGACCGGUAACAGUACCGUACCUGGUUGUCCCGGGUGAUGAUGGAUCAAUAAUCAUCAUCACCAUCAUCAUCAUCAUCAUCAUCAUCAUCAUCAUUGAUGGUCAGAGCUCAGCUGGGCUCAGCUUGGGUGAGGCUGAGGUGCCUGAGGAAAAAUUCCCGACUAUCUGGUUAUCGUGCCAGUCUAAUCUCCACGGUACCUCAUAUCUCCUCCCUCCCCUUGCUGCCACUGCUGCUAUUCUUCCUACUGACAAGGGACAAUCUCCAUUCCUCUGACACCGUCCUGAAACAAGCAACAUUAUCGACUUGGGCUGAUCGGAUCUGUCUAGUUCAUUCCAGCUUGGCCAUUUGAUCCACUUGCCCCAGCCACCUUUCCGCCUCUUAUUGGCCCUGUUCGGCUAUAAUAGACACUGACUUCAUAGCCCUUCUUGCCUGGUG